CAAAUCCUCCAAGAAGAAAAUUCACUGAUGGCGGCCCUGCAAACUAAACAGGCAGCCAUCAGUAAGUUCGAAGACAGCUUGAGGAAACUAAAGGAGGAAAUGGAGCCACUCCUCAGCCAACUUAAGCUGAAGCAGGAAGCGCGCCGACAACAAGAAGCAGCGCAACGGCAACUGCAACAAAAACAACAGCAGCAGCAGCAACAACAACAGCAGCAGCAACAACAGCAGCAGCAGAAACAGCAGCAGCAGAAACAGCAGCAGCAGAAACAGCAGCAGCAGAAACAGCAGCAGCAGAAACAGCAGCAGCAGAAACAGCAGCAACACCAGAAACAACCACAGCCCAAGAAGGAGGUGGUGCCAUCUAUUAUGACCUACUGGGUUUACAUACAGGACAUUUAA